AAGGCCGAAACUUUCUCUCUCGCCGCCGGCGCUGGUUCCCCAAUCCCCUCGCCGCCGGCGCCGCCACGCCGUCGCCUCCGCCAUGCUCCGCCUCCGGAGCUGCGUCCUCGCGCACCUGCUCUCCUCUCCCACCACCUCUCACGGCUCCACCUUCCGCUGUCUCCUCUCUGCCACCACCGCCGCGCCCGCCGUUUCCCCACCCACCGGAUUCGCCGUCGAGGAGUACCUGGUCGAUACCUGCGGUCUCACCCGAGCGCAGGCCCUCAAGGCCUCCGCCAAGCUCUCCCACCUCAAAUCCCCAUCCAAGCCAGACGCCGUCCUCGCCUUCCUCGCCGACCUUGGCCUCUCGACCACGGACGUCGCCACCGUCGUCGCGAGAGACCCCAAGUUCCUCUGCGCCGGCGUGGAGAGAACCCUGUCCCCAAUCAUCGAAGGGCUCGCCGGCCUUGGACUGUCGCGUUCUGAGAUCACGCGACUCGUCCCGCUCGCCGCCAACGACCACUUCCGCAGCAAACCCGUCGUCUCCAAGGUGCACUACUACCUGCGCCUCUUGGGCUCCUUCGAGGAAUUCCUUCGGGCAUUAAAGUGUAACCAACAUCUCCUCUCGCACAACCUCGAGAGGGUGGUCAAGCGGAAUGUCGGAUUACUGCAGGAGUGCACGCUAGGUGCUUGCGAUAUUGGCAAGCUUGCCAUCUCUAUGCCAAGGAUGCUCACCGCCAACGUGGAGCAAAUCCGGGCGAUGGUUGCCUCUGCUCAAGCUUUAGGUGUGCCUCAGGGCUCUGGGAUGUGCAGGCUAGCUCUGCGGUCUGUUGCAUUCGUCAGUGAGGAGAAGAUUGCUGCCAAAAUGGAAUACUUGAAGAAGACGUUUAGGUGGUCCGAUGCCGAGGUUGGCAUUGCUGUGUCAAAGGGUCCAUUUGUGCUGAUGUCGUCAAAGGACAUGCUGCACCGUAGGUCCGAGUUCCUUAUCUCUGAGGUGGGGUUGGAGCCGGCAUACAUUGCUCGCCACCCAUCGUUGCUCACAGUGGCGGAGCCAGGAAAAAUGUAUAACACGGGCCGACUGAAGGCAGCAACACUUUCGUACAAAUUUUUAAACAAAAAAACAGUGAAGCAGAUGUAA